AUGGAAAUACAAUCAAAAGAGGCCAGAAUAAUCUUAGCUAUUGAAGCUAUUCAAAAAUCAAAAAAUCUUACAGUUGGAAAGGCUGCGAAAAUCUACAAAGUCCCUCGAACUACAUUACGAGAUAGAAUGGGCGAUCGAAUUCACAGAAUGGAAACUCGAGCAAAUAAUCUUAAUUUGAUUGAAAAAGAAGAAGAGGUGCUUAUUCAGUAUAUUAUCGAUAUAGAUGAAAGAGGAUUUGCAUCUAAAUUAAGUGGUGUAGAAGAUAUAGCGAAUUAUAUUCUCGAAUCAAGAGAUGCGAAGAGAGUUGGAAAGCUCUGGGCUUAUCGAUUCUUUGGAUUGGUAUCGAAUAUACAGGCGAAAUAUAGUAUUCAAGAUUGCGAUUUCUACAACUUCGACGAAACCGGCUUUAUGAUGGGUAUAAUAUGCUCUGGAAUAAUUGUAAUUAGUUCUGAAAGAAAUGGCAGAAGUAAGGCAAUACAAUUAGGCAAUCGAGAAUGGGCUACGGCAAUUAUAUGUGGUAAUGGAGAGGGUGAAACUAUACCUCCAUUUCUGAUAGUUCAAGAACAAGUUCAUCUUUUCAAUUAA